CCAACAAACCUAUACACUUGAAUUCCUCACUUUUUUGUGAUGAAAGCCUCUUCUGACCAACAGCAGCAGGACAGCAGGACGCAGCAGCCGCAGCCCGCAGCGGCGGCCGACACCACCACCCCAGCCGCAGCCACAGUCAGCCACUGCGACGACCCCACCAGCAGCACCGCCGGCCCGGGCCCCUCCCUCGAGGACAUCGGCGCGGCGCGGCGGCGUCUGCACGAGACCACCGCGGCAAUGAUGCAGCAGGCGCAGCAGCAUCAGGGGCAGGGGCAGGGGCAGCAGGGGCAGGCGGCGGAUCAGGGGCAGACGGGCGGCGGCGGCGGUCGAGGCCCCAGCAUUUGGCCCUUCGGCCCCCGCGCCGCCCCCCGGCGCGGUCGCGAGGUGAAGGCCGCCUGGGAGGCCAUGCAGCUGGGCGGUGGCGGGGGCGGUGGGGGCGGUGGCGGUGGCGGUGGGGGCGUGGGGCAGAGGCGGCCGCAGCGGGAGCCGGCGGACCAGGGGCCCCGCGGCGGCGGCAGUAGCCGGCAGCAGCAGGAGCUCCACGCCCCCGGCCCCGGCCACGCCCUCGCCAGCCGCCUCUCCGCCGGCCAAGGCAUUGGUGACGACCGCCCCCAGCAGCAGCAGCAGCAGGGCGGCAGUAGCAGUGGCAGCAGCAGCGGCAGUGGCUGUAGCGGCAGUAGCAGCGGAGGCGGUGACGAGGAGGCGCGUGUGGCGGCGGCGCGGCGGCGGGGUCUGGACAGCUGGGCUCGGCGAGUGAGUGCGGCGUUCACAGCCAAGGCGGGAGGCCGCGAGGAGGAGGGGAAGGAGGAGGGCGCCGGCCGUGGCGGCGGCUCCCAGCCGCUCAGCACCAACCCCGCCGACCCGGCCGCCUACGCUGACGGCAAGAUUCAGAGCGGCAGCAGCAGCGGCGGCGGCGGCAGUAGCAGGAUGAAGGAGCCGUCUGGCAAGGAGAUCAAGGACGCGCAGUACCUAAAGACGUACCAGGAGCCGCACUCGCACGUGCAGCACAUCCAAGGCGCCAACUUUAACUGGGACCGCAACAAGGACCGAGAGGCGCCGCAGGUCACCACCGCCACUGACAACCCGACCUUCCUGGAGACCGCGGGCAGACACAUCCAGGAGAAGAUCACGGGCGAGGCGCCCGAGGGCACGGGCAUCCCAGUCAUGACCGGCACGCAGGGCGGUAUGCGGCACGUGCUACAGCCCACAGGCGACAUGAUGCGCCGCCGUCUGGAGCACGCUCCCGACACGCUGCCCGAGAUCGCUCACCGGGCGGAGGAGUCGGUGGUGGGGGUGCUGGAGCACGUGAGUGAGGCAGCCACCGCCGCCGCCGGCCGCGUCACAAAUGUGCUGAGCAGCGGCAUGGGCGACUACAAGACUCCGGAGGAGCGGAUGGAGGAGGCCCGGCGGGCGCAGGAGGAGCGGGAGGUGGAGUACGAGCAGGACGCCCACCCCGGUGCUCCGCUGUCGUCAGCAGUGCGGCAGCGGCGUCUGGAGCAGUUCAUGGCGGCCGGCGACCCCGCCCGCAAGCGCGACACGCUGGUAGACAAACUGCUGUACCCCUGGAGCAAGGAGGCGGGCACCGACACGCGGCACGCCGAGGAGGUGGCAGACAGCUACCACGCCUACGUGAAGGAGAAGGAGGAGGCGGGUGAGCCGUACGACCCGCGGGGCGCCAUGGCCCACGACAGAGCCUACGACACGUCCAAACUACCAGCCACCGUGCAGCAGGUGGACCGCAGCAAUGUGGAUGUGGACAGCGGCCAGCGCUCCGGUGACAACACGCGCUUCCUCAGCGACCGCGCGCCGCACGCCGGCCAGGCGCCGCUGCCCGACACCGCGCGGCAAGCCAUCCGCAGCCUGGCCGACGACACUGCGGCACACGGCCGCACGGUGGUGGCGGGUCUGGCGGGGCUGAAGGAGAGGGUGGAGGAGGAGGAGGCACGCGGCGGGCAGCGCGGAGCGCUCAAGACACGCGGCACUGAGGCCCCCUACAACGACCGGUCCGGCCCCGACGCCGCCGCCUACCGCGACCCCCACAGCGACGUGUCCUGGCGUGCCGCUGAUACGCUGCAGCGCAACAUUGGACUGGCCGACACCUCCACGGCCGCCGCCCGUCGUGAGGCCGGAGCCGUGGGCAGCGCCAGCGCCGCCGCCGCCGCCGCCGCCACCGAGAGCGGCAGCGCCGGCGACGACGGCGGCGGCGGCGGUGCGGAGGUCGGCGGCGUCAAGGAGGCGGUGGAGGGUGUGCGGCAGGCGGCUGGCGGCGCGGCGGAGCGUGUGAGGGGCGCGGCGGCGGAGGCGCAGCGGCAGGCGGAGCAGGCGGCGGCGGAGGCGGAGCGACGGGCGCGCGGGCUGCGCGGGGCGGCGCAGGGUGCGGCGGAGGCGGCUGGAGAGGAGCUGCGCCGCGGGGCGGGCGCGGUGCAGGGAGCGGCGGAGGUGGCGGGCGAGGAAGUCAGCCGGGGCGCGGGCGGCCUGCUGGGCGCGCUACGCAACCUGGUCAUUGGCGGCGGCGGCGGCGGCGGCGGCGGCAGUAGCACCACCCCCGUCCACGAGCACCACGGGCCCCAGCAGGAGCAGCCUGCCGCCCCUGCUACAGCCGCCGCCGCCGCCCCUGCUACAGCCGCCCCCGCCGCCCCCGCCUUGCCCUCCGCCGCCGCCGGCCGCCGCGGCUAUUCCGACGCGCCCGCCGCCAUCGCUGACCUUGCCAGCAGCAGCGGCGGCGGCAGUAGCAGCAGUGGCACCGGCACUAGCAGCGCUCCGCCGCGGGAGGGCUCGGGCGGGCAGCAGCAGCAGCAGCAGCCGUACAAGGAUGACGUGUCGAGGCGGGCGCAGGAGGGUGCGGAGGAGGUGGCACGGCGUGUGGGGGACGCCAGGGCGGCGGCGGCGGACGCGGCGGCUGGUGUGGUGGACAGCGCGGCGGGCAAUGUGCAGGAGGCGGCGGACGAGGCGGCGGUUGUGGGAGGCGGCCUGCUCAACACCCUGCGCAACUUGCUGGUCGGCGGCAGCGGCGGCGGCGGCGGCGGUGGCGGCGGUGGCGGCGAGGACCGUGGCGGUGCUGAUCGCGAGCACGAGCACGACAAACAACAGCGGGAGCGGGAGCGGGAGCGGGAGCGGCAGGACAUGAGUCCGGCGGGUCCGCCAGAUGCUACUGCCCACGCCGACGCGGCGGAGGGGCUGGGCAGGGGGAUUGGGGAGGUGGUGGGGGGUGUCAAGGGCGUGCUGGAGAAGUUCCAGCACGUGGGGGCUGACACAGCGCCCGAGCAACCCGUGGUGCCGUACACGAGUACGGCAGAGCUGCUGGCGGCGCGGCAGCAGCAGCAGGGCGGCGGCCGGGAGCAGGAGCAGCAGCAGGAGUAGCGGACGGAGAUGCUGGCAAUGGUACUAAGUGCAUGGCUGGCGCCUUGGUUGCCGCUGGCUGUAUUGCGGUGCGUAGGAUUUACAGCAUAGGGACAGGAAGGUUGUAGUAAGGGAGACGAGACAAAUGAGGUUGUGAUGACGGAUGGAGAUAUGCACGAGAACGGCUGAUUAGUCGCAUCGCACACUCGAGACCAAGUAAGGACGUUUUGACCUUUCAGGUUGUGUACGAUGUGGUGGUGUCUAAAAGAAGUUCUAUGUAACGCCCGUUGGGU